AUGCUUACUCUCCUCCGAACGUUGCGCAUUCUAUCCUCUGAAAAAACGUAUACUACACACCUCACGACCAGAGAAGCUAGUAGUUCCUACGAACCACUUCGUGGAAGUGAGAGGGCGGGGUUUAUUGCUGUGGGACUAUGGGCGUUUAUCAUUGUGUUGGGAUUGAUCCCCGUUGGAAAAUUCGGCUCCGAAACAUUUGUUGUCUCCGAAGCCGCAUGGUGCUGGCUUGACCGUGAGCACGAAGCAGUGCGACUCUGGGCGCACUACAUUUGGAUUUUUCUUGCGGAAUUCGGAACAGUCGUCCUCUACAGCAUCAUGUUCUUCUAUUUGCGACGUCGUAUGUCACAGGCCGCUAUGCUUCGGCAAAAAAAUAAGGAAAAUUUGAAGCGCUUGAAUCGGGUGGUUAUAUACAUGGUUAUCUAUCCUCUGGUGUAUCUCAUUCUCUCUCUUCCCCUAGCGGCCGGACGAAUGUCAACCGCUCGGCAUGUCAUUCCCAGUCGAGAAUACUUCUCUGUGGCAGGAUCACUAAUGGCGCUCUCUGGAAUUGUGGAUGUACUUGUGUACACGUUGACCCGCCGCCAUUUGUUGCUGGAAACGGAGCUGGGCUCUUCUGACAAGAUCUAUGCCUACACCAGCUCGAAUGCAUACCAGACACACAUUACGACAGCCAGAAGAGAGGGUAAGAAAUUCCGUAUGGGGUCCCGCAUACGUCGUGGACUUCAAAGUGUGAACGAUACGGUAGAUGAUCGCGGCAACUCCACUGACGAUAUUGUGCGGAAAGGUGAUAUGGAGCUGAUCAACAUGGGCCAAGGGGUGUACCAAGAGACAACGAUUGAGAUUUCGCACGAGCCUGCGGAUCCAGAGGAGUUUCGGAGACACCAUAGAGUGGAGCAGUGA